ACACUUGUCCAAGCCAAUAUCAUCAUUCAUGGCAAUGGCAUCGCAGAACCCUCCAUUUUCAGACCUUGAAGCACUCCAAGACCCGCAACCUUGUGGCUUCUCCGCCAACCUGACCCGCAAACUGAGAGCCAACUUGGCUUUCCGUUCUAAAUUGGCUGAACUGAAUGGAGCCAUGGGAGACCUUGGCACGUACAUACCCAUAGUACUGGCUCUCACUCUAGCCAGAGAUCUCAACCUCGGCACUACAUUGAUUUUCACAGGCUUCUACAACUUCAUCACCGGUGCUAUUUAUGGCGUUCCCAUGCCUGUCCAGCCCAUGAAGUCCAUCGCCGCCGAGUCCCUCUCCAACCCCAGUUUCGCCGUGCCGGAGAUCAUGGCCUCCGGAAUCUUGACCGGCGGGGUCUUGCUGCUGCUUGGCAUAACCGGGUUGAUGCGGCUGGUGUACAAGUUCAUUCCUUUAUGCGUUGUCAGGGGGAUUCAGCUUGCGCAAGGCCUGUCCUUUGCUUUGACUGCUGUUAAAUACGUCAGAAAGAUUCAAGACUUGCCAAAGUCAAAGUCGUCAGGGAACCGAGGAUGGCUUGGUUUGGACGGUCUGGUUUUGGCUCUUGUAUGCGUUUGCUUUAUUGUCAUAGUGAACGGAGCUGGUGAACACCAUCAUGGCAGGGAAAGCACCACUUUGAAUGACCAACAACACAAGGUGGAAGAAGAAGCAGCAGCAAGAAUAAAGAGAAGAAGCAGAGUCAGAAACAUAGUCUUCUCUCUUCCUUCAGCUUUCAUAGUGUUUGUACUGGGCGUCAUUCUGGCCUUCAUCAGAAAUCCCAAAAUUGUGCAUGACAUCAACUUCGGACCAUCCUCUUUUCAAGUGGUGAAAAUUUCUGAACACUCAUGGAAACAAGGCUUCAUAAAGGGCACUAUCCCUCAACUCCCAUUAUCAAUUCUGAACUCAGUGAUAGCAGUGUGCAAGCUAUCAUCAGAUCUAUUCCCAGAAAAGGAAGUUUCAGUGACAUCAGUGUCUGUGACAGUGGGAUUGAUGAACUUAGUAGGGGGGUGGUUUGGGGCUAUGCCAAGCUGUCAUGGGGCAGGUGGGUUAGCAGGUCAAUACAAGUUUGGUGGUAGGAGUGGAGGGUGUGUGGCUCUUCUGGGAGCAGCCAAAUUAGUGCUAGGUUUGGUUCUGGGAAGCUCAAUAACUCAUAUAUUGAACCGAUUUCCUGUGGGUAUCUUGGGGGUGUUGCUUCUGUUUGCUGGGAUAGAGCUAGCUAUGGCAGCAAGGGAUAUGAACACCAAAGAGGAUUCCUUUGUGAUGCUCAUUUGCACAGCAGUUUCACUGGUGGGUUCAAGUGCAGCACUCGGGUUCUUAUGUGGAGUUACUGUUUUUCUUCUUCUCAAGCUAAGGAAUUGGACAAAGGGUGACCCACUUUUAACCAUUUGGAUGCAUGGAACCCCUUGAUUACCUACUCAGACACAAAAACUUGUAUUUAUAUAUCUGGUGUUUUGGUAUAUAUGAUUAAAUACUAGCCGGUUUGAGCUGUAUACCAAAGAUGUGGUAUGUGAGAGAUUGGGAUAGUUUGUCGCCUGA